UUGACUUUGCCAGAAAAAGUUGCAAAAUUUUUCUGUGUCUCUGCUUGAUCUUGAUCUUUUGUAAUUCAUGUGACCCAUACUCUGUAGCUCUCUCUACAUCCCUCUUGGGUAAAAGAAGAGCAAGGAAAGAGAAUCAUGGUGUCUCAGACGGUUGAUCUACUCAGGAGCGAGCUUCCACUUGAGCAAGGAAGUGUGGUCCUGGGUGAAGAUGGAGAGACGGGGCUUGUUCUUGUGGACAUCAUCAAUGGCUUUUGCACCGUCGGUGCUGGGAAUCUUGCUCCCAGAGAGCCCAACGAGCAGAUCUCGAGCAUGGUAGAAGAGUCUUCGAGGCUGGCCAGGUUGUUCUGCGACAAGAAAUGGCCUGUUCUCGCAUUUCUUGAUUCUCACCAACCCGACAAGCCUGAGGACCCUUAUCCUCCUCAUUGUAUCACUGGCACUGAUGAAUCGAAUCUGGUCCCCGCGCUGAGAUGGAUAGAGAAAGAACCGAAUGUGACGAUUAGGCGCAAAGAUUGCUAUGAUGGGUAUUUAGGUUCAUUUGAGAGUGACGGCUCCAACGUGUUUGUGGAUUGGGUCAAGAAGAAUCAGAUCAAAACUAUGCUGGUGGUUGGGAUAUGUACAGACAUAUGCGUGCUGGACUUUGUUUGCUCAACCUUAUCAGCUAGAAACCUCGGCUUCCUCAAACCACUGAAGGAUGUAAUCGUGUAUUCGCGGGGUUGUGCCACCUUCGACGUUCCUCUCCAUAUUGCUCGAAACACAAAAGGAGCCAUGGCUCAUCCGCAAGAAAUGAUGCAUCAUGUAGGCCUGUACAUGGCUAAGGAAAGGGGAGCCAAGAUAGUUGAUCAAGUGUCUCUGGGUGGAAAGGAGGAGCCAUAAGCCCAUCACAGCUAUGUAGAAAUACGAAUAUGGCGAUGCCACACAAUACUACAUAGCUCACGUGUGUACACAAUGCCCCCAGCUCAUUCCAUGUCCGGUUGAAUUUCUCGGAGACAUAUGAUAAAACAGGAAUGAUAGAGACAAAUUUAGUGCAGAUUCCACGCUUUUCAUGUCCGAUAGAAGCUUGGAGCAAUAAGUGGACGCUCAAUAAAACAUGUUGUGCUUAUGUUUUUA